GCCACUCGCACCGCACCUCGCCUGGAUAUAAAGGAGUGUGGUUGGAGCUCCAGCUGGCAACCUGCCAACCUGUAAACGGGAUGGGUCAGGAAACUCCGAAGGUUAAGCAAACCCGCAACAACUCCUUGGCCGUCAUUGACAAUAGGACAGGAAAACAGAUCACCCAUAAUUCUAUCCCAGCCACAUUCUUUAAAUCCAUACGUGCGCCCGCAGGAUCAGACGGCCGUCCUGAGGAUGAGACAGAACGCGGGUUGCGCGUAGCCGAUCGCGGGUUCUUGAAUACGGCCGUUAUUGAAAGUGCCAUAACAUACAUCGAUGGCGAGAGAGGCAUUUUGCGGUACAGGCUGGCUGAAAACUCGACUUUCCUAGAGUGCGCUUACUUGCUCAUCUAUGGCGCCCUCCCUACCCGCAGUCAGCUUUCCCACUUUGAACGCGAGGUGCUCCUGCACGGAAUCAUGCACGCUGACGCGACCAAGUUCUUCGGCUCCUUCAGGUAUGACGCGCAUCCAAUGGCCAUGUUGACCAGUGCAUUUGGGUACUUGGGAAGCUACUAUGAGGAAGCGAAUCCAUCGCUGCAAGGUCAGACUCUUUUUACGAAGUGUGCGAAAGGAGACCCGGAGGCGCUCCAGAACAUGGACAAGCAAAUAUACAGGCUUAUUGGCAAAGCGACCACUCUAGCAGCAAUGGCAUACCGUGUAAGACAAGGCAGGGAGUUUGUCGUUCCCCCGACGGGGAUGAGCUAUACAGAAUCCUUCCUCUACCAACUAGAUCACUUGUCGCCCACUGACUCGUUCUCUGCUUCAGUGUCUGCAUCGUCCUCUCCAUCACCGUAUAAGCCGCAUCCAGUCCUAGCACACGCACUAGACGUACUUUUUAUCCUGCACGCUGACCACGAGAUGAAUGCAUCGAGUACAACCGUGCUGCAGACCGGUUCGUCCCUUCCGGACCCGUACAGCGCCGUUGCAGCCGGAUGUGCUUCCUUGUAUGGACCUCUGCAUGGGGGUGCUAAUGAAGCUGUCAUUCGAAUGUUGGUUGCGAUUGGAAGUCCGGAUAAUGUCCCCGCAUUUCUUGCAGCUGUCAAGCGCCGCGAGAAAGGUCUUGAUGGGCAGCUGACCAAUAUUCGUAACCAGUCAGAUCCAAGAUCGUUCAUUAUUCGCAAAAUUGCCAAUGAUGUGUUUGCAGUUACGGGUCCCGACCCCCUUCUCGACACGGCGAUGGCCCUCCAUGGUGCAGCCCUGAAGGAUGACUAUUUUGUCUCACGGAAGCUGGCCCCUAACGUGGACUUCUGGAGUGGGCUGAUUUAUCGUGCAAUGGGUAAUAUUUGGAUAUUAUUUGCGUGUGCGGCACUACCUUCUGAGCACGAUAUUUUCGCAGGAUUCCCCAUGGAUUUCUUCCCAGUUCUGUUUGUGGUUCCACGGGUUGUUGGAUGGGUUGCACACUGGCGACAGGUGUGUAUUGUAGUUAUAUACCAGAACAUACCGCUGAGUGUCGUGUCUGCGACAGAUGAUGCUAUCCCCUGAGGGUGUCAAGAUAUGGCGACCCCGGCAGAUUUACGUUGGUCCCUCUGAACGUUCUUAUGUAUCUUUCGACGAACGUGAGGCCGUGCAAGGGCCAGGCAAGGAACCUAGCGCCGUAGUUCACUCUGGG